AUGACAGCGAGCUCCAGUUUGAACGCGGUGCUUCAGAGUCAGGGCAGUGUGUUAAAGACACUCUUGACACAGCCUCAUGUUGGAGUCAGUGGGUCUGAGAGAGUGGUCCUGGAGAGGCUGCAGAUGGCUGUAAUCUCCUUCAGACGACACACUCUGCAGUGGACUGUGGAGUGGCUGCAGGAGGAGGAAGAGGAGGAGGAGGAGGAGGUGUGUGGAGUGCUCCCGCCAAAACUGAAGGACUACCCCUCCCCACAUCAGGGACUGCACCCCCCCACAUCAGGGACUACCCCUCCCCACAUCAGGGACUGCACCCCCCCACAUCAGGGACUGCCCCUCCCCACAUCAGUGACUGCCCCUCCCCACAUCAACUUCUCCGAUUCCGCCGCGGUCACACUCACGCCAUUGUUCUGCGUGUUUGUGAAUGAAAGAGGGAGGCCGAACGAAACCGCCGCUCAGCCUGUCGUCCCGGUGUCUCUCCUGCCGUUUGUGGCUCCAGGCUCUGGUCGGACAGGAGCAUAG